AAUGUAUAAGAAAUUUGCAAGCAGAAUUUUAUGCAUGGAUUCCACCCACAAAACAAACAGCUAUUCCUUUAAGCUUGUGACACUUAUGGUAGCUGAUGAAUUUCGGAAAGGUUAUCCUGUAGCAUUUUGUAUAUCAAAUAGAGAGGAUGAAACAGUAAUGAAUCUAUUUUUGUCUUCAGUUAAGGCUCUCUCUCCUGAAACCAAAGUCAAUGUUAUUAUGACUGACGAUGACAAUGCAGGAUGGAAUGCUGCACAAUCAGUAUAUGGCGUUUCCUGUAUAUAUUAUAUACUAUUUAUUUUCUUUGGAAAUUGCAGACAAGAGGGACACACAAAUCCACCAUCUGCGGAAGUGGCCACAGCUGAAACAUCUCAUGGCUCUGUGGCACCAUAUCCACCAUUGCGAUUAGUCCCUCCGCAACAACAACCAAUACAACUGCCCACCAAUGAAGAACAGAAUUUGUUUGCGUAA